AUGGCAGAGCAACUCGCUCAACUAGUGCGCGAGGUGGAACGCCUAGUCACCGCACCUUACGUACCUUCGUUACAGGACCUCCAUGAUCUCGUGCAUCAAAGCAAACCUUCGACGAUUGGCGCCUGGGCAUUCAGCAAACCCUGCCAAGUUGGCUUGUUGGCUGAUGUCUUGAUCGAAGCCUUAUCGCGAUCACGCGUCGCUCUGUCUCUGAUCACCGCAUUUGCAUCUACAUUGUCCUUUAGAGAUGCGCUGCUCGAGCGACAUCCGGUGAUCUUGGAUGCCUUUCUAGAAAAGGCUGUGGACACUAAUGGGGCUGAGUAUUUACCGGCAUGUAUCGCGUUAUUCUCAUCGCCCUUGCCGGCGGGUGUUGUGCCGCCAGCUAGGAUUGCCACCUUCAUCACGAAGCUGGUCAGCAUGAUGGCAGAGAAUCCCUGCGUUGAGACCGUAGCACCUAUCCACGCACUCAUCUCAGGUCUAAAAAGCUCACCAAGGAUCUUGAAUGAGAUUUCAUCCGAAGUCAUGUCCAAUCUACAGCUGGAGUUCACCAAGACACUGCGCAACCUCGACGAUCACAUGGGCAAUCUCUUGUGUCUAGCAACCUUUGCGCAAAUUGCAACGGCACUAGGUACAACAUCUCAAAAUCAACACGGAUCAGAAACACUAUGGCUUCUCAACAUUAAGCAUUUCUUUGGCCAGAAACGGGGUCUUAAAACACUCGACUUGGUCGUCUUGCGUGUUAUACUAGCUUGCUCAUCCAGUUGUAAUCUGGCACCGCCUGAGGCGGCUGAGAGUAUUCGACUGGCGAUUUGUAUCACCGAUACAAUUGAGCCUGAGCAGAAACAGGCUUGGAUGGCAAGUAAUAGUCCUAAGAUUGCUAAGCUGUGCGAGAAGGCUGUCAGAGACGGUUUGUAUGGUCAGACACAAACUAUGGCAAUCGUAUUUUUGCACACACUUCUCCCGGCACAUUCAUUGCCAUCCCAGCUACGGGAACUUGGCAUCAAGAUCCUUUUGUCCAACAACGGCCAAGCGACUAUGGAAAAAAUACCCCAUCAACUGAUUCCACGGCUUGCAAAGUCUUUAGCAGAAUCCGGGGAACCUGCCACUCGUCAAAUUUUGACCUUUACUUUCAAUAUCUUAAGAGGCAGUAAAUGGUCUGGCAUUGAAGAGAUGGCAACACUACAGCUGGCACACUUGGUACUGGCUGGUAUGCAAGAAGUACAUCCCGAAAUCAUGCUCUCUAGUGUCAAAAACACCCUGGUGUCUCUGAGGGAAGUUCUUGGGGAAAUGGUCGAAUACUUUCCCCAGCAACCAAGUGAAAGUCAAUGUAGUGGCCGAGCAUGGUGCACAUCCGAACUAUACACAAAGCAAAACAGCCUGUUCCUAUCUCUACUAGAAAUUUACAACAGGGCUUUAGCGCAAAGCGGAAGCGACAUUAUCAUGAAAUCCUUUAUGCGACGAGUGGAGCAAUCAAUGCUGAGCCUCAACUGUGCCUUCUCAACAUCAACUCCCAAAGCCUUUCGCGGCUCCCUUGCCUUGCGCGACAGACAUGAUCUCUUGUCGGCUCCGAUAAACCGCAAUUGGCGCUCUGGGGUUACUGAGCUUUUUAUGCAGAAUUCCCAGAGCUCUCAUGACAGUAUGAUGAGAAAGAUUGAGGAUACGUGCUUUGACCUAGAGCGUCGCUGUCACAAUGUUGAAGGACCCCUGCGAGCUGCCGAAGAAGAGCGGGAUGCAUAUGCGAGCGAAAACGAGCAACUGAAAAGGCAAAACGAAGAGUUGAACAAACAAUUGAAAGUCGAAAGUGCAGAUAUUGAAACUAAGUUACAGAUCUCACACGAACGUUUUGUUGAGCUUGGCCAUGAGAACACACGUCUUGAGCAACUCCUUCAAAGGCAAUGUGCAUACAGUGAUGAGCUGACUAUGUCACUCGAAUCUGCACACGAGGAGCUUCAGCAGCGGCAACGAACUUCCGAAAAGGCACUUCUGGUCGAGAAAGAAAAGGCCCGCUUGAAGGAAUUGGAAAUGAUGGCUACUUUAACUGGAAAGGACGAUCAACUGGAAGAGCUUCAGGAGGCAAUAUGCAGUUUGCAAAUGAAGAAUGAGCAGGCAUGCCAGAGUCUUGAUCAAGUCAUGGGCGAAAAGGUCGAAUUAUCUGAACUUUCUAGCUCUCUAGAGCAAGAACUUGCUAGUACUACAGAGGCAUUGAAGCAAGUCAGGCUUCUUGCUGAUGAGAAAGAAGAUGAAGUGAGCCGUCUCCUAUCCCAGGAAGAAGAGUUGCGAAAGGAACUGGGGUCGGUGGAAACAACGGUUGCGCAACAGAACAUCGAAGUUGAGAGGCUGUAUUCUGCAUUGGAAGAAUCCGAAGAAAAAUCGCGAAAUGAGAUUGAAAAACUAAAACAUGACCGUGAAUCCGAAGCUUCUCGGGCCACAUCUGAGAGAGCGAAAUACGAGACAGAGAAUCGGCGAUUGCAUGCUGCUAUGCAAGCUGCCGCUCUUGAUGCUUCCAGGGAUGCCCAAUUGAAAGACAAACGGAUCCAUCACCUGGAGAGAAAGGUGCAAGCCUUACGAGACGAACGUGCCGCCAAGGCCCGGGAGUUCUCCGAAGCACAACAACACAUCGGUCGUCUAAUGGGCGUUAUGGGCUUCUCUGCCAACGCCCCUGAGUCAAACGCCCCUCCAAAACACCAGCGAACCAGGUCCUCCGUUAACGCCACUCCAGCUGCAAGGAUUCCUCAAAUGAUAAGUGAUGAUGAAGAUGACGCACAGCUGGCAGAGUCCUUUGAGUCCAUGACGUCCAACUUGAAUGGACCUACCCCAAAACGACCAAGAGGGAAUCGCAAAUCAACGAAUCUGCCUUAUGCUUUGAACACUCCCUCCGCUGCAGGACCUAAGACGAAAAGCCCGCCGCCGGCCAGCGGCAUGUCUCGCUCGGUGAGAAAGCCACUGGCAGAGGCUGACCGCAACAGUCCGACGAAAUCACAGUCAAGCAGUGCAUCAAAAUGCAGUCAGGUGGAUGACUCUUUCCAGGAGACACAGGCCCAGGAGGAGAACCGGCUUCAUAAUCUGGAUCUGGAUAUGGAUCUUGAGUUUUCUAGAGACUUUCUCUUUUCUAGUACUGCUUUUACUGGGUCAACGGAUCAGAUUGCUCCGCAGUGA